UGAAAGUAAGUCUGUAAAACGAAUAUUAAAACACUUGCUCUUUGAGCACAGGGAGUUUUUAAAAAGGCGUGGGGGUUGGGGUAGACUCAAAGUCUCUCUACUGCUUUGGGCAGAUUCCAGAUUCUGAGAGUAAACUAUAUGGGGACGCAUGUGACACUCCCUCUUUGAGAUUCACUGGGUCCUAGGUCCUAGGUCCUACCGACCCAGCUCCCCAUCCAACAGCCAUGCACAUUGCAGGCCCUCAGUCAACACUGGUUGACCAAUGAAGUAAGGAACAAACCGACUGGGAUUGACUUGUCUGGUGCCACUCCCUGCCCUGAAAGGCAAGCCCUGGGAGCUCCCGGCCCCGAAAGGACGUGGAGCCUGGCGGGAGACUCCUGGAAGUGCGUGAAUAGCAAGCAGAGCGUGGCGCGCCCGCUUUACAAGGUUAGCAUAUUCACAAGAACCCGCUCGGAAGGCCGAGUCCUUGAUGGCCAAUUGAUUAAGUAGCUGUGUGCUUUCUUUCCAGUGCACUUAUUUGGUGAUCCCGAUUGGCGUCCGCACAGCCGCCACCCUCACCCUCGCUUAAGGAUAAAAAGCAAACCGAUUUGGCAUGUAGGCACCGUUUGAAAAACAACUUUGCACUCUAGUUAUUGGGCAAAAAGCUCCACCUUCCCACGCUGCUGAUAAUAUUUCUCGCGGCUGCGUGGGACACUCUUCGUCUUACCCAUGAGAGCGAGCUGCCUUCUGUCUGGUUGGGCGACUCCCGCAGGGCCCGAGCCUCCGCAGAGCCCGGAGUUCAGGGGAAAAAAGGAGCCGCAGAUAAUGAAGAUAUUCAAAUGUUAUUUUAAACAUACCCUACAGCAGAAAGUUUUCAUCCUGUUUUUAACCCUAUGGCUGCUCUCCUUGUUAAAGCUUCUAAACGUGAGAUGGCUCUUUCCGCAAAAAGACAUUUACUUGGUUGAGUACUCCCUAAGCACCUCGCCUUUUGUAAGAAACAGAUACACUCAUGUUAAGGAUGAAGUCAGGUAUGAAGUUAACUGUUCGGGUAUCUAUGAACAGGAGCCUUUGGAAAUUGGCAAGACUCUGGAAAUAAGAAGAAGGGACAUCAUUGACUUGGAGGAUGAUGAUGUUGUGGCAAUGACUAGUGACUGUGACAUUUAUCAGACUCUAAGAGGUUAUCCUCAAAAGCUUGUUUCAAAGGAAGAGAAAAGCUUCCCAAUAGCCUAUUCUUUGGUUGUCCACAAAGAUGCGAUUAUGGUUGAAAGGCUUAUCCAUGCUAUAUACAACCAGCACAAUAUUUACUGCAUCCAUUAUGAUCGUAAGGCACCUGAUUCCUUCAAAGCUGCCAUGAACAAUUUAGCUAAGUGCUUCUCCAAUAUUUUCAUUGCUUCCAAAUUAGAGGCUGUGGAAUAUGCCCACAUUUCCAGACUCCAAGCUGAUUUAAAUUGCUUGUCGGACCUUCUGAAGUCUUCAGUCCAGUGGAAAUAUGUUAUCAACCUGUGUGGGCAAGAUUUUCCCCUGAAGUCAAAUUUUGAAUUAGUGUCAGAGUUGAAAAAACUCAAUGGAGCAAAUAUGUUGGAGACAGUGAAACCCCCGAACAGUAAAUUGGAAAGAUUCACUUACCAUCAUGAACUCAGACGGGUACCUUAUGAGUAUGUGAAGCUACCAGUAAGGACAAACGUCUCCAAGGAAGCACCGCCCCAUAACAUUCAGAUAUUUGUUGGCAGUGCUUAUUUUGUUUUAAGUCAAGCAUUUGUUAAAUAUAUUUUCAACAACUCCGUCAUUCAAGACUUUUUUGCCUGGUCUAAAGACACAUACUCUCCUGAUGAGCACUUUUGGGCUACCUUGAUUCGGGUUCCAGGAAUACCUGGGGAGAUUUCCAGAUCAGCCCAGGAUGUGUCUGAUCUGCAGAGUAAGACCCGCCUUGUCAAGUGGAAUUACUACGAAGGCUUUUUCUAUCCCGGUUGUACUGGAUCUCACCUUCGAAGCGUGUGUAUUUAUGGAGCUGCAGAAUUAAGGUGGCUUAUCAAAGAUGGACAUUGGUUUGCUAAUAAAUUUGAUUCUAAAGUGGACCCUAUCUUGAUUAAAUGCUUGGCAGAAAAGCUUGAAGAACAACAGAGAGACUGGAUCACUUUGUCCUCAGAAAAGUUAUUUAUGGAUAGAAAUCUCACAACCACAUCAUGAUAGUAAAAUCAGGAUGGAAAUAAGAGGGUAUGUGAUAAAUUGAGUCAGUAUGGAAUUGAACACUAUACUAUGCCCAAUACUGUUUAAACUCAGUCCUCCCAUACUUUAAAAGGUGUCCAAAAUUCCAUGCACAAGGGAAAGUGAGCUAGCCAUUGAUGAUAUUAGCCUGCAGUUGGCUAGGUUUUUUUAAUGUUUGUUUUUGGUUGUAAUCUCACUGAGCUAAGUCAGAGAUCUUAAACAUUCAGUUAGUCCUCAAACAUUAUUGAGCACCUAACUGUAUGACAAGCACUUUUUUAGAGACUGUGGCUUAUCCUCAUCAUGGCAAUCUCGGUAUCUUUAAGUUCUCCACAUAACAGUCAGGAUUCUACUGAAGUGGUAAUCAUCCGAUCAUAUAAACCACCCAUUUCAGAGUAGUGUUUAAGUACUGUGACCAACACUCCACUUGUCUCUUAACUUACCUUCCAAGAUAUUUCUUAACCAUUAGAGCAGAGGAGGAAAGACUCACUACCUCAGAAAAAUCUCAAAGAAUAGUCCAAUUUCCUGCUUGCCAAAGCAUAAUCUGCCUUUUGGUGCAUUACUUGGUUAAUUCAGGGUUGAGGAGAUUGUUGGGGGGCAUUUAUAGUGUAUGAAAGUUAAGGAAGGGGGUGAGGAUAUGGGUUGGGACAGGUAGUACCUAAAGAGGAGCAAAGGGAUUUAUACAAUAUUUUUAUCAUGUUACAAAACAGUAUCAUGAAUGGCCUUUUUAGUUCAACUGUUUCUUUAAAAUGCAUUUACUGAUUAAAAAUAAGAACUGACCAAUAGCUCCAAGUGUCGCACACCAGAACAUUAAGCCUAAGUCUUCAAUUUGUAAGUUAUCAUUCUAGAUAAGUUUCUUUACAAUGGAAUCAUUAUAAUUCUGUUUUAUGGAACUAUCAAGCUAAGAGUCACUAAACUUUCUUGAAAAGGUUGUGUGAAAUAUGACAACUUUCUAAAUUAAUUGUUAGUCAUUUAAAAUUUUUUCUUCUCUGGCAACUGUCCAACUGGAAUCCAGAUUUAAAGUGAUGAAAGCUCUAAGUUUCUCGCAGUCUUUUUCUCAGCUUAGUUCCAGAGGAAAACAAAAAAACUAAUUUUCCUAAGGACACAGCAAGAAUAUUCAUUAAGGAUAUUUUCUAAACCCCACACUUAAGAAAACCACCAAAUGAGUUAUAUAUAUAUAUAUAUAUAUACACACACACACACACACAUACACACAUACAUACAUGUGUGUAAUGGAAUUGUUCUAAAAGUAAAAUGUGGUAGGAAUGGUGUUCUGAGAAUAGGCGAGAACAUUUUCACUAGUCUCUUGGGAAAUUGUAGAACUCAUGUAAAAAUUUCUUGGUCAUCAUAUGUCUCAAUGGCAGCCUCAGUAAAUAAAGAUGUAGCCUCAGAUAUUAAUUUAAAGAUGUAGUAAAUCAAGGCCAAAGUAGGACAAUUUGGAAGAUUUAAGUAUUACAUAUUUUGAAAUGUCUGUGUUCUAAAUGUGAAAUGCACUUUGCUCAUUUUAAAGUUCAUAAUACUAACUGCCAACUGACACCACUUCUUGUUGCCUUUCUUCUCUUGAACUCAUUUUUCUCCCUUUUUAUUUACCGCCUUCAAAUUACUUCAUUCUUCAGAAAUAACUAUUUCCAAGCCCCAUUCUUCAGAAUAAGUAAACAUUGUAUAGAGCUAAGUUCUGCAAAAGAUCCAUACCGGUUCACUCGUGUGUGACCAUGAACAGGUAAGUCACUUUGGUCUCUAUGAACCUCAGUUUUUCCAGAUAUUUGAAAUGAGCACUUGGAUGCCUAUCCUUGCUUCUUCCACACAAGUUUUGGGUUUUUUUUUUUGUGUGUGUGAGAAUCGAUUGAAAUAGUAUAUGAAGUGGUAUGAAAAUAGGUACAAACUAUUGACAUUUCAAUGUCAGAGCGUGAUACCUGUAGGAGUAUAAGGCAAACAAAGGUCCAACCCCAUUGAAAGACUUAAACAUUUACCUUUUCUGAAAAACUAUUGAAAUAUAAAAAGAGGCCCCAGUCACAGGGGCAACUUCUGUAACCAAAUCUAGAUCUGAGGAAACUCCUGUAACCCCAUUUAGGGUUUCUUUCUAAGCCAAUAGGGUUACAGGUUGGUACAGUGACUUACAUUGAGGAUUGGGCUACAGAUACUUUUCCCACCAUCUAGGAUGAAAUACAUGAGAUCCUGUUGAAAUCUUGGUUUUUAUGGCUUUGGUCAUCAGAAUAAACGUAAAUGCUGAAAAACAAAUAACCUCCUGAUCCAGUGUCUUGCCUGCUGGUGAGAACUUAUUGUAUCCCCUGUUUGUUGGGAAAUUUCCGAAGUUGUUCAUCACUUAAAUGCCAUAUUCAAAGGGAACAUGGAAGGAUGAAGCGGAGAAAGUGCCUUUGAGACAUUCACACAUUUCUCUGGACUCAGUCUGUUAACAUUUCAGGGAGCUUGUCAGAUCACACCUUUUUGCCUUGGAAAUCCUACAGAUUUCCUGUACGCCUUCAUAUCUGAUUCUUCCCUAAAACCUUUGGGUAUGAUUUCCUCCCUGGUCUUGAGAAUGUCCUGCAGUCUGUGUUUUAUAAUUAUUCUUCGUAUUUAUUGAAUCUAGACUUUAAGUUAUUCAGAGAUCAGACCAGAACCUUAGAGUUUCUAAAUUGUAUGUGGAUAUUAAACAAUAUUAAUAAUGAAAGAGCUACCAAAACAGUCUAUAUUGUGUGAACAAUCUCUUGUGAUAUUAGACAUAUUUAAAGACCAGUGUUGCUGCUAUUUUUAAUAUUUUGGUUAAUUUAAGUGAAAUGUACAUACUUAAAUUUGAAGAUUUAUCUUGCCUUUCAGAAUGUGAAGAUAUACUUGCAUAUAUUUUGACAUAUUUCAUGGAAAAUAAAAAUGAUAAUCCACUUUGUGAAUGUAAGUGAAUGUAUUCUUAUGUAUGUUAUUAUAAAUGAUUUUUGUUUGCAUUGAUGAUGAAACGAGAGUUUUUAUACAUUUAUAUUGACUGGUCUCUAAAUCUCCUACUAUGUUUUCUUAUCAUUUUUGAAAUACAGUUCCCAUUAUGAGAGUUUUAAAUAGAUUGGUGUUUCAUUUUGUAUUAUGCUACUAUUAGAUGUUGAUUCUCUGGUAUUGUAAAAUAAAAUAUGCUCCAAAAACCCAAA